UAGGAUACAUUCACCGUGGUCGGAGCAAUGGCGCUUCGCCGGACAGCCAUCACUACUGGUUGUCAGAAAAUUUUCACGUUUGGGCAUUCCCAUCAAUCCUGAAAAAAGCAUUAUUUUCCCGACAAAACUUUACUAAAGCCGGUUCGAAGGAGCGCGUCCUAGUGACGCGGUGUCGUGCGAGCAUCAUGGCCGGUGGCUCGGGUACGAAGGUGGUGCAAAUCACCAACAUUGCCCCACAGGCCACCAAAGAUCAGAUGCAAACGUUUCUCGGGACGGUCGGGAAGAUUGACGAGAUACGGCUGUAUCCCACGAUUCGGGACGUUUCCUGUCCGGUUGUGUCGCGCAUCUGCUACGUGAAGUACUUCGAGAGUAGCUGCGUUGCCGUGGCCCAGCAUCUGACCAAUACCGUGUUCAUCGACCGUGCCGUAAUCGUGAUCCCGGUACAGAGCGGUGUCAUUCCCGAUGAGUACAAGGCGCUGGAGAUGGCCGCGAACGGAACGCUGGUACCGGGACUGCACAGCUUCAAUGUACCGUCCAAGCUGCCGCCGGAAGUCGUGAAUCGGAUUGACGGGAUGAUCCCGAACCAGGUGGUAAAGACGAUUGACCCCAAGCUGGAAGAGAACGGUCUGCCCGAGUAUCCCCCGUUGCCGGUGAACUUCGAUGCGAAAAAGAUAGAGGAAACGCGCCGCACCAUCCUGGUGCUGGACGUUCGUUCGGAUUGGAGGCUGGAAGAGCUGAUGGAUCACUUCAAGCCGGCAGGCGAGAUCAAGUACGCCCGGUACGCCGAGAACGAACGCAGCAAGUUUGCUCUGUUGGAGUUUUGCGAUCAGCGUAACAUCAUCAACGCACUGAAGAUGCACGGUACCGAAUUUCGUGGCUAUCGCUUGAACGUGCACCAUUCGACGCAACCGAUCGUGAAACCGGAAGCCAAGAGCAAUGAAGCGGCCCAGAAGGAAAUUGAAGAAGCCAUGACGAUCGUGAAGGAAGCGCACCAUCAGAUUUCGAACAUGGAGCCCGUGGUGACCAUAUACCCGAAGGACAAGAGCAGCAGUCGCCGUAGGUCACGUUCACGGUCCCGCUCGAAGGAACGCCGUUCGCGGUCCCGCUCCCGCAAGCGCUCCAAGUCCCGCAGCAAACGGUCCCGGUCCCGCAAACGUUCCCGAAGCCGGUCGAAGCGUUCACGGUCGCGCCGUUCCCUGUCGAGGAGCAAACGAUCGCGCUCGAAGUCGAAACGUUCGCCAUCCCGCAGCAAACGGUCCCGAUCACGUUCUAAGCGUUCGCGCUCGCGCGAUCGUCGCAAACGUUCCCGCUCGCGUCGCCGUAGCCGCACGCGGUCACGCGAACGUACUUCGCGCAUCCGUCGGUCUAGAUCGCGGUCGAAGAAACGGUCCCGUUCGCGUGAGCGACGCGAUCGUAGCCGCGAUCGCAAGAAAUCCCAUCGCAACAAGGAGGAACGGCGUCGCCGGUCGCGUUCCCGCUCUCAAAGCCGCAAACGAUCCACAUCGCGAACUCGCGCCAGCCGCACGAAGGAAGCGGUCACGAAAUCGUCCUCGAAACGGCGCAGCCGCACCCCAUCGGACAAGAGGUUGAAAAAAAUCCUCGAGGAAACGGUCAGCCGCGAUUACGAUGCGGAGGAGCGUAUGGAUGCGGCGGGUGGAGCCGGGGUAGAGGAUGAUGCUGGCAGCACUGGCAAGCAGUCGGCAUCACCGCCAGCACAGGCUUCCGGCAACGGUGGUGGAUCAAGCUCGUCGUCAUCAUCGUCGGGCGGAACGAGCGCGGCAGCUGCCGCGGCCGCAACGACACCGCGCGAAAAAACCGCCAGUCCGACGACGGAGAAGUCCGACAAUAUGGACAUUUCCAACUCCCCGGGUCCGAUUUUGUUGGUUAGCUCUCCGCCGGGGUUUUUUUUAUCGAUCAUGGCCGAUAGUUUGGUGGAAACGCCCACAGCCGCCAGUUCGGCUCAUUUGAUGAAUCUUAACGUCAUCAACGCGAUGUCGACUAGCAGUAGUAGUGCAAGUAGCGAUCCGGGAAGUUCCGCUUCAUCGUCGUCGUCGUCGUCGUCGUCUGCUGCCUCAUCGUCGAGUGUGGCCACGUCGUCUGGUUCGUCGGGUAAUGUGUCUGGCACCGUCGAUCAGACCGCUGCCAGCAAUGGUAGCAGCAGUGGACCAUCACCGACCGUUCUGAUGUCGGUCAGCAGUGCUACGACCAGCUCGCAAACGACGGCACGCCAAUCGAGUUUGGCCUCCGAUCUGCUGCUUAAUCAGAUGCUAAACAUCGCACAGCAUCGUGCUGCCAGCAAUGGUGGCAGCAGCCAGCAGCAACCAUCAUCGUCCUCGUCGACCCCGAACGUUCCAUCCUCUUCGUCCACCGUGUCCUCCUCCGGUACGCCGGUCGUUAGCUCACAGCUAUCCUCCAUACCUUCCCCCGGCGCCGAACUGAUCCCCACCAUCAUCACCUUCUCCGCGAUCCCAUCCUCCUCGUCCGCGGCCGCAUCCUCGUCCGUGCAGCAGCAACCGCUCGAGCUGCUGCACCGCGAAACUCCCAAACAGGCGCCGGCCAACCGCAACCUGGCCACGUCCAUCCAUGGUCGGUCCGCCGACGAACGGGGCGACGACGACUGCGGUGGGGAACCGGAAGCGAAGCGCAAAAAGCUCGACAAACCGAGCGCAAAGGUCGAAAAGCUGGAGCUCCGUCUCGGCGGUAUACUGUGCUGUGCCGUCUGUCUGGACCUGCCGAGGACCGCCAUGUACCAGUGCUCCAUGGGACAUCUGAUGUGCGCUGGAUGCUUCACGCACCUGCUGGCUGAUGGAAGACUGCGCGAUCAGAAUGCAACUUGUCCGAAUUGUCGUACGGAGAUCAGUAAGAACAACUCGUCGCGUAACUUGGCGGUCGAGAAGGCGGUUUCGGAGCUGCCGGCCGAAUGUCAGUACUGCUCGAAGGAGUUUCCGAACAAAUCGAUCGAUUACCACGAAUCUACCGAGUGUGAGGAUCGUCCGACGGAUUGCAAGUACGCACGCAUCGGUUGUCAGUGGCGUGGCCCCAUACAUGAGGUGACAUCGCACGAGGGCAACUGUGCGCAUCCGAGAAAGUCUGGCGCGGAUGUGAUGGUGGCGCUGCAGGCACAUGAUGUGAAGGCGGCCGAGGAUAAGAAACUGUUUCUCACGCUGAUCGAUUUGCUGAGCUAUGAGAAGAUCAUUUUUAACGAUUUACAGCUGAAACCGUACCGAACGGAUGAGUACGUCCAUCGUCUGUACUAUGAAACGAGCCGUUUCUCCGCGUUCAACCAUCAGUGGGUAGUGAAGGCGAUCAUCAACAAAAGCCAGCGCGAUCCUCACGAGUCUUGCGAGCGUGAUAUCACUUAUCAGCUCAUCCUGAAAUCCAAAACAACGAGCCCGUUGCCGAUGCACUUCUUUGUGCUGCGCGGUCCAUUCUCCGACAUUAAGGUGGACACGCAAAUCUACAAGCACGAUUUCGCCGACACGGAAACGGAAAGUCCGUUCAAGCUGCUGCCCCUUCCGGAUACCGCCGAAUGUAACAGGCUGCUGGCAGCAAAAGCGAUCAACUUCAGGUUAAUCAUGUUUCUGGCCUCGAAAUAAGAUUGCUUCGUGAAGUGUACGAGUGAGCGGUUUGUGAGCAACGUUUGUUGAGCGUGGAGUGCACAAAUGUUCUGCAGCUUCUUCGGAGUUUCAUUCACCCUUACAUACACGACGUGUGUCUACCGUUCAGAUAUCUUUCCUUGUAUCCCAAAUUGAGUUGCAUGCACACGCGAUCAUAUGGACUCAUGUGAUAUUUUCUCGCUAAUCUGUUGGAUGGUCUCUAUACAAGUAACUUUUUGAUAGUUUUUUUUGUUGUUGUGCUGUAUCUUUUUUGCUAAUAGUAUCUUCAUGUUCGUGAAAUGCAAAAAAAAAGAAAGGUUUAUGUGACACGCUUCUUAUUUACCGCAACCUUAUUGCGAUGUGUACACUGUGUUGCCCACAUGACGAAGGACCAAAAUCGGAACGCUAUCUCGCUGUGCGCAUAUGAUAGUGCAUUGAUUGUUCUCUCAGCUAUAUAAUGCGUCAUUUGUCCUUUGUGAUUUGUGUUUUGCAGCGCAAAAAUGACAGUUUGGGACGGUUUUUUUUUAUAGAUCAUUUAAACAGUUUAAACACAACAAACCAACUAAAAUAAUGUGCUAUAGGACAUUGUCGAACACAGUGAACAAUAGGAUCAGCUGGUUUUAUCUCAUCGCUAGAGGACCGUGUGGCUAGUAGCUAGGGCGAAAUGCGUCGUGUGUGAGAUAAAGAUUAGUAUUACGUUGCCAUCUUUCACGUUUAAAGUAAUGCAUGCAAACAAGCAAACAAAAACUAGCAGUAAACUUAUUAUAGAUUACACAGUACAGCGAACCGCGGAUAAUUCGACUGGAAUUCGAUGAUAUCGUGUUACAUAUAUACAUACAAAUGAGACUCCAGUUUUGUUUGGAGGUUUCUGUUCGUUUUUUCUUUUUAUCAUCUCUCCACCCCCUUAUGGUAAUACUUGUUACAGGUUAUUGCGGAAGGAGUUUAUUUGCUAACAAUGAAAACAAAACAAACAAAAAUCUAUCUUAACAAUUUACACGAUAAGCGCAUAUAUUAGAAGAAACGAUAAGCUUAUAUAAAUUCAGAAUGUGUGAUAUACAUGAAUUUUGCAAAGAUUGAGCAAGAGCAACAGUGGAACACAGCAACAGGAACACGCGUGAAGCCGCGUACCUUGAGCUGUGUGAAAACAGUUUCGGAUAUUGAGGCAGCAGGGUGAGCAGAGCAGAGAACUUAUUUUGAUCACUUUGUUUGUGUUAAAAUGAUUAUUUAGUUUAUACGCAACAUAUGUGGUAUGCACAUAAGGAAACAAAAGCACACGCAUAUGGAAACAUACGACCGCAAAUGAACCACAACGUGCAUCGCUAUGAACAAAUGUUCGAUGAGCUGUAAUAGGAAAAGCAAGGCAUCAAUAUUCGUACCCAAUUUGCUGACAAAUCCACAAUAGGUUCACCCUGCCGGCUGCCACUUAAAAAAAGACAAAUCGAUGUCGGUUCGAGCAGUACUUUUCGCGCAAACAACCGAUCAGUACAAGUGUGUUUCAGCUUUUAUUUUCCAUCAUAUUUCAAUGUAAAACCAUACAUUAGGUGAUAAGACGUGCCCAAGAGCUUUUUAUAUUCAUAUGUAUAUGUUUUUUGUUUGUGUUUUCUUUUGCUAACUUUACCCAACAUUUGUCUGUAACAUAGUUUUACAAUAUUCUCUUAUUCGCUGUCAUGCAUCUAAUUGCUAGAAAAGUAAGAAUGAAUAUAUUUUGUUUCUUUAAA